CUGAUUCCGUUCAUCUGCAUUUACUCUCCACUCUUCUUUCUAAUCAAACUAUGUCUUCUCUUCCACGUACAAUCAAGGGCUUCUUUGCCCUUGGGCCUUCUCGUUUCAUGCGCCAGCUCAACAACAUUGGCGAUACCAAAGUCGGAACGCUCGUCGGCACUGACCAAUUCGGCAACAAAUAUUAUGAGAAUCUUGACGAGAGUUAUGGUCGUAACCGCUGGGUUCAGUUUGCAAAGGAGGACACAUACUUCUCAAGGGCCGAGAUGAACGCCUCGCAGGUUCCAGCUGAAUGGCACGGCUGGCUGCACAGAAUGUUGGAUGCCCCCCCUACUGUCGACAAGACUAUGGCCGCUCCAAAGUGGGGUGUAGAAUUCACAGAGAAUUUAACUGGUGGUUCAAAGGCCUAUAAGACCUACAAUACUACCCGUGUUAAAGUCCAGGCUUGGGAACCUAAGGUUGCUCCUCGCGGUUAGAGAAUACAGAAAAUUGGAAAAAAAGGUCUUUUUUUUUUUUAGUAGCAAGCAAGGAAAGAGUAGCAUAGACAUCCAUCAAUG